AACAAGAAAUCAGUAACACUACGUUUCGAGAUCUGCAAUCUGAUCUCUUUUUCAGAACAAUGGAUGUGGUUCCUGAGUGGCUUGACAAAGCCUUCCUGUCCAAAGUUCUUCAAGGAGGUGAAGACAAGGAACCGAAAGUGACAGUGGUCAGUUUCAGUGCAAAACCUGCUAUUGCUGCCGGUGACAACUUCUCAAGCUAUAUUUUCCGAGUAUUGGUGCAUUACAAAGUGGGUAGCGCAACUGAAGAAGAAUCAAAAUCACUCAUUGUUAAAUUACCAGUAAAAGAAGGAUUGAUUUUUGAAAUAGCUGGUCAAACACAGUUCUACAAUAAAGAAGAUGUGUACUAUGGAGAGUUGUUGGGUAAAAUGAUAGACAAAAUCAAGUGUGAGUUUACAGCAAAAAGUUACUACAGUCCAAUCAAGGGUAUAAUUGUGUUAGAAGACUUGAAGCCUGACUAUUUCGUGGCUGAUAAAAUCAAGCAGUUAGAUCUUGCACACAGCAAAUUGGUUUACAUUGCUUUAGCUAAAUUCCAUGCUGCAGCUGUUGCCAUUUAUCAUGAGGAACCAAAGUUGAUUGAAUCAGUUGGUGGAGAGUGCUUUUAUAUUGAGGGUGGGCCAUUACAGAAGUGGAUUGAAUAUGGUUGCAAGGCUCUUGGUGAGUACUUGAAUGAAGUAGAAGGCUGCAAAGAAUAUGCAGACUUUUUUCUCAGCAGAGCAGACAAUAUAUGGAAGCUAGCCAUGGAAGGCGUGAAGCCUAAACCAGGACGCUUCAAUGUCCUGAACCAUGGAGAUGUAUGGGUCAAUAAUAUGAUGUUUAAAUACAAUACGAACAAAGAACCAAUUGAUGUCAAGCUUUUGGAUUUUCAAAUUUCAAGAUAUGCAACCCCAGUGUUUGAUUUGAUGUACUUCAUGUAUACUAGUGCUAAUGAUGAUGUGAGAGACAAUCAUCAACUGGAGUUGUUCGAGCUCUACGUAAAGACUCUGAACGAGGGCUUAGAGCAGGUUGGAUGUAAGGAGAGGUUGACAAUUGAAGAAAUAAAGGAAGACAUCAAGGCUGCACCAGCGUGGUUCAUUACGACCAUGGCUUUUGCAGUUACCCCUAUCACUGUUCAUGGUACUGAGGAUGGUGAAAGCUAUGAAGGAAUCACCACUGAAAACAUUGUUGCUGGCAAGUGUGAUCCUAUUUUUAAAAGAAUGUACAACUGUAAGCGUCUUAAAGAAAUCAUUCCAGUUUUGGCGAGGCAAUAUUUUAAAUUCUUGAAAAGUGCUUAAUCUUUACUAAACCAUAAGCCUUGUUUUAAGUGCCUUAUUAAGCACAAUAAUUCUGGUAGCUAUCCCAAGCAUAAGACUAGUAUUAUGAAAUAAUCAUUUUUAUCUUAGUUCAAAAUAUUAUUAUUUGUUUUGAUACUUACCAAAGUUGAAUGGUUAGAAAAAUGCUUCCAAAAUAAGUUUAUAGAAAUUUAUGGUGUAUUGUUGAAACCAAAAAAAGACUAUCCUCUUCUGAUAAUCUUUUGGGACAUGGAUCAUCUUGGAAGUAUAGCCCUUUGGGAAAAAAGUAUCUCCUACACCUUUCACUUAUUAGUCACCCAAUCAAUAUGUUAAAUACUAUUAUAGUAAGCAAUUUCUAAAGCAAAAAAUAAGGCCUCUCGUCCCUUAAAUUUUCCAUCCAGGCAGAGAUUACAAAUUAUACUAAACUAUCUUGAGAAUUGUGCAUCAGCAAGAUAUUAUUAAACACAUUCUUCUAUCAACAUUUUACAAAAGAUAUUAAUUUUCUAUUUAUCACUUAAAAUUUCUCCACUUUAAACCAAAAAGUUUUAUGAAUUACAAAUCUUAUGCAAUUAUAAAUAAAGUUUAUUACUUAAGACUCAACAAAAUUAAAAUUUUUUGAGGCCUUUAGUUCUCAGGGAGUGCAUGUCCAGAUUUAUUUUCAUGUGAAAAGUCUUAUUUUGAUUACUAAGAUGAAACGUCAUAUUUCCUUACAUUAAGUUUGUAAUAGAUUAUAUACCAACAAAUUUCACAAAAUAUUCACACAUUUUCAAUUAAUUGUCUUAAAUUUAUGAAAACGACUAACAAAAUAAUACUAGUUUAAGCUAUUAUUCAGUGUACAGGAAAUGAGGAAAUUUUAUUCUAUACUAUAAAAUGUUAGAUUAUACAUUUUAUGUCUUAAAUCAAUGAAUAAAAUGUUUUGUUACUUGAA